UGUGUGUGUGUGUGUGUGUGUGUGUGUGUGUGUGUGUGUGUUUUCUUCCUUUUAAUUGCGCAAACCUCCUGAGCCUGAAAUUUAAAAAACUAGAUUUUGCCCCUGGCACCCCCCGAGAUAAUUAGCCAUCCGUCACAGCCUACAUAGCCUACUCGCAGGACUAUCUGCUUCUUUGGCUUCAGAGAGUGUCGAAGAGGUAGAUGGGGGAGGAAGUAUACUGGUAAACUGGCGCUAGUUACAAAUGAAUUAACGAAGACAAACCGAUCCCGAAUCUCUAACCGAUUCAAUCAAACCGGGUAGACCGUGGAUGGACUUUAACAGCUGAGCCACAGAGCCACGAUGUUGACGAGGCUUUUCAGUGACCCAUCGCUGCAGUCGGACGUUCACAAGUACUCCGGCUGGGCGGAGGACAGCGAGAGCGAGGACUCCAAGAUGAAAGACGACGACCUGGACCACGAACGCUGCCGACUGGGUGAUGACGACACGGACGACCCCGAGCUUAGGGGCAGCGGCGCUCACUCCGAAAACCUCGGGGAGGACGACGAUGACGACGACCUAGGUGAGGACGAGGAGGAUGAGGAUGAUGAGGGUGCUGGCGAGGGAGACGCAGAGGAUGGCAGGCCGAAGAAACGGGGGCCCAAGAAGCGUAAAAUGACCCCGGCGCGCGCCCAGCGCUCCAAGGUGCGCCGCCAGAAGGCGAACGCGCGGGAGAGGACGCGCAUGCACGACCUGAACUCGGCGCUCGACAGCCUGCGGAAAGUAGUGCCGUGUUAUUCCAAAACACAGAAACUCUCCAAAAUCGAGACUCUCCGGCUGGCUAAGAACUACAUAUGGGCUCUGUCUGAGAUACUGCGCUCUGGGAAAAGGCCCGACCUCGUGUCCUACGUCCAGACGCUGUGUAAAGGACUGUCCCAGCCCACUACGAACUUGGUGGCCGGCUGCCUGCAGCUGAACUCCCGCAACUUCUUAACAGAGCCGUGUCAGGAGUCGGGCAGAUACGCGUCCAGUUCGUUCUCCGUGCACUCGUAUCCGUACCCGUGCGCUCGCCUGGCCAGUCCGCACUGUCAGUCGGGGUCGAACUCCCUUCCGCUGAGGACACAUGGAUACUGCUCGGCCUACGACUCCCUGUACGGCGGGAGCGGGUCCCCCGAGUACAACAGUCCGGAGUACGAGGGUCCUCUUAGCCCGCCGGUUUGCAUUAACGGCAACUUUUCCCUCAAGCACCAGAGCCCACCGUCGCCUGAACACGAGAAGGGAUACCACUACUCUAUGCAUUACUCGUCCGGCCUGGCCGGCUCCAGACAAACCCCCGCCCAUAACCUGGUGUUCGGAUCGUCCGGAAUGCGGAGCGGCAUUCACAACGAAAACGUGCUGCCUUAUCACGACGUGCAUCCGCAUCACGAAAGGCCCCCCGCCUAUGAUGAACUGAACGCGUUUUUUCACAACUAAUAGUAGUAAUGAGGAGCAUAAGAAUUGAACACGCGCCUCUUACAAUCAACGAUCUAGCACAUUCUAAUAAAGUUUCACUUGUCACGCCCAUCCAUGCAACUUUCAAGCUUACGAACGGAGAGUUAUGGUGGUCGCACACCCGAUUCUUAUUUUUUGUACAUCUUUGGUUUGCGAUUUGUCAUGAUUUAUUUUUGAUUCACCACCAUAUAACCCUUCUAUAUACAACUUCAAAGAAACACAGGAAUUUGUACGACCCUGUUUGACUCGCGAUGUAAAUGCUAAACUAUGGUGGUCAAUGUCAUGUUGAGUUUUUAAUGAAAGAAGAAUCAGCAUUUUUAAGGAAAGCAAUCGUUUAACAUCUAUGCAAGUUUGAUAAAGAAUUGCAAAGACUACCGCGAGGUAACAAUCCCCUAAAAACGGUCAUUUUGAGGCCUAUCUUUCACCUUAUCUGGGCACACACAAUUGUACAGGGCAAACGCACGCACGCACACAAACACACACGCGCGCGCGCACACACACACACACACACACACACACACACACACACACACACACACACACACACACACACACACACACACACACACACACACACACACACACACAGACACACGUGUACAUAUAAAAAGAGCAAACGAAAUUGAGAAAUGUGGGCCUAUAGCCAAACACGUUUUGAAUAUUACACACAAGAAAAAGAAAGAAUGAAAAUUCCUUUACGAUGAUUUAUAACGUUUUAGCACUAUUCUUUAUUUUCACCAUCGUUUUAUUGGGGAAAUGUGUAACAAUUUCAUAUUUUAAAUUGUACUAUUAUUAUUAUUAUUUAUACAUGUAUUUAUUGUGUUAAAUUAUUAAUAAUGUUGCUGGUCCUGGGAAAGGGGGAUCCAUGUGUUAAUGGUUUUCUUUCCCUCAUGAAAAAGUUAUAAUUUGUAUGCAAUGUGUGUUAAAAUAAACGAUGAUAAAUCUAUUU